CGCCAAAUGCUGCACCAAAUGCAGCUUGUGUUGCGCCAAAUGUUGCUGCCUGCCCAAGUGCUGCGAGUGUCCCAAGUGUCCCAAGUGUCCCAAGUGUCCUGGCUGCGCCAGCUGCUCCGGCUGCCUCAAGAAGUCGCUGUGCUUCCUCCCUCGGCUGCUCUGUUACCUGCCCCGCAAGCUCCUGAGCUGCUGCCACCUCCGCUGCCUGCUCAUCGUGGUGGUCCUGGUGGUCCUUCUGGUCAUCAUCAUCGCCGGCGCCCUGCUGAUGCGGCUGAGCGUUGACCAGCGCCACGAUGACACCGUCCUGAGGAGCGGGUUGGGGACAGGAGCGGCCUGGGAAGAGGACGCGGCCACUUUCUACCUGGACAGCGGGGACGGGAACGCGGCCACGGUCAUCUAUGAUUACAAGAAUCUGCUGGUGAGCUACAGAGCCCGGCUGCACCGCGCCUGCUACGUGACCCGCGUGGACAAGGACAACAUCCCCGGGCUGGACACCGUGGUCGAGACCUUCCAGCGCCGGCAGGCUGAGGACAAGAUCUCCGUGCCCCUGGCUGACCGCUCCCUCCUGGGCACCACGGCGAGCAUCCUCUGCAGCCUCCUCCCUGUUUACUGGGCUUAGAGGAUGGG